UGACUGCUUGUGCAAAGUUUAGUACUUCCAGGAACUCAUCAUUUGGUAUAUAGGUGUUGCAGACUUGUCUUACCAAGGCCACAGCCACAGUGAUGAUGGUUCAUCCUCUUUCUCUGAUUCUUCUGCUCAUGAUGCCAGCUCAGCUUGCAACAUACAACUUAAACAACACAACGGAAAACAGCAUGACUCCUUCUGCACAUAACUCUACAGACGCUCUGUAUACAACAUCAGCCCCUCUAACACAAACUAUCAGCAAGAAAACCCAGACAGAAGAUAGCCCAAAGAAUGUUGUAGUGUCUGGACCAUCUGGUGGAAUACCUGAGGGUGAUUCAGUGAGUCUGACCUGCAGAAGUGAUGCAAACCCACCUGUGGAGAGCUACACCUGGUUUAAGAGAUCAGGAACAGAGGAUAUACAAAUUGGGACCGGACACAGUUAUACCAUCGAACAUAUCAGCAUUGAAGACAAUCACAAAUACAAGUGCAGGGCAUCCAACCAGCACGGAUCUGCAUUCUCAGAAUACAUGCCACUUGAUAUUUUAUAUGGCCCAAAGAGGGUGUCUAGCAGACCAUCUAGUGAAAUACUUGAGGGUGCCUCUGUGACUCUGACUUGCAGCAGUGAAGCAAACCCACCUGUGGAGAACUACACCUGGUUUAAGAGAUCAGGAACCAAAGAUUUACAAAUAGGCUACGGUCAGAAUUACAGCAUCAGAAAUGUCAGUGUUGAAGACAGGUACAAAUACAAGUGCAGGGCAUCCAACCAACACGGAUCUGCAUUCUCAGAGUACACAAAACUUCACAUUUUAUACUCCCCAAAGAAGACGGCAGUGUCCAUGACCCUGACAUGCAACGCCGAUGCUAACCCACUUGUGAAGCACUACACCUGGUAUAAAAAAGGUGAAAGUGAACCUGUGGCAUAUGGGCAGACCUACAGCAUCGCCAGUAUCACUAAAGAGGGCAUUGCGCCAUUCUACUGCAAGGCUGGCAACAGAAUUGGCCAUCACUUUGCACAUCCUGUACCAGUCACAUGUAUAGAGGUGUGUCCUAAAGGAAAGGCUGCAGCUGCUGGCAUCGGUGGAUUCUGUGGAGGACUUGCUGUAGUCGCUCUCUUGAACAUUCUAUGGAUAAGGAGGAAGAAGCAGACAACAAGUGGAAAUGAUUACAGUAAAGGUGAACACAAAAGGAAGAAGCAGAAGAAGACAGCAAUUGAAGAUGAUUACGAGAAUGUUGGCCCAGAGUCCAAGGACGACACAUACACGGCUCUUAAUCUGAGGACCAAGUACUCAGACUGAGAGCAGUGCUGUGACACAGGUGUAGAUCCUCUUCUGACUCCAACUCUGUGGAAUCAUCAUCAUCAUCAUCAUCAUCAUCAUAACCAUCACAGUGGAUACAAACCACAUAACAGACUGGACCUACAAAGGAGGAAGAGGAGAAAAUCAGAGAAUGAGAUGUUAAUGCUUAUGCUUAUACACAGUGUUUCUUAUAAAGCACGCAAGUUCCACAUUUACCUGCUAAAGCUUUGCAACAGCUGUUUGACUUGUGUAGCAAACCAAUAUAUUUGUAAAUUAAGUACAGGAGGAAAAUACUCAAGUAGUUGUAGUUUGUUACUAUAUAGUAUUGUAUUUGGAAAAUGUGUACU